UGUUUAUCAGUUUUAACGUUUUUACAUACAUUUGUGUGUUAUGGAGUAAUUUUCAAAUGAUGUUGCAACUGACGCACUACCGGUAUUACUCAGCUUUAUUACCAAGCAGGAAUCACAUUUAUCGCUUGAAAUUAUCAUUUUUAGUACUCUAGUUAACAUAACGUUGGUCUUUAGACAUAGUCAUAGUUCUAAACAAGUCGCGAUUAUGUUGUGUAGAGCUAUUUUAUUAUUAUUAUUAUUAUUUCUCGCAACCGUUGCAGCUGUCAAUCACGACAGAUGUACUGCCAAUCAAACGAGAGGUUUGAUUCUUAGCUGCGAAACGUCUUGCGUUAAGUCGCAACAUGUCUGCACACUUGGAUCUGCGUGUGUUUGCAAGAACGGACUUUUUAGAGAUCAGAAAACGGGUUUGUGUGUUUUACCUGGCGAGUGUCCACGUAAGAGACAACUAUUUUUGGUUAAUGUAGUUUCCUUCUUGCUUUUUCACGUUGUACUUAGUUUUAUCGCAGAUUUUAUCGCAGUAUUUCUGCCAAGUCCCGUUGUAAGCUUUAUCCGAUUUCUUAUGACAGCGAAUAACGUUCGAAGAUUAAUGAUGUCGUACAAAAUUAUGUUAUAGCACCAUUUUGGAUAUGAAAAGACUUUGCACAGAUAAGGCAUUAUUAUACUACUUUGGUUUGGAAAAUCCAUCACGUUUUUUUGUAGAUGACUUUAGUUUAUAGUUGAAAAAUGUAGUAAUUUUUACACGUUUGUUCCAUUAUUACCACUGUGGGUAUAGGAACACGACCGAUGGCCUACAUUUUUUAGCGAAUCAAAUGCUGACCCUUUUGGACUGUGUAAAUUUAUAAUACAGGAAGCGGAGGUUAAUUUUUUUCGGUGUUGAUAAAUGUCUCCACCAUUAUUUAUAACCCGGUGCGUAUAAAAGUAAUCCAGUAAAGUAAAUCGUAGUUAAAAUUGAAUAUGUGGGAUCUAAAUCGAAUCUCCGUGAUUUAUUUCUCCACUGAGGUAGAUAGCGUCUGGUUUAUUUUUAAUUUUACGAUGUACGUGACUAUUAAAAUCGAGGCGAGUGGCAGCCAUGCGACGAAUGUGAGGUUAUGUUGAACGCUAGGUUGUGUUUAAAUUUAUGCGCAUAUUUUAACAUAAAUAUUUUUUAUUAAAUUAUUACAUGAAUAUACAUUAUUGUUAAUUAAAUUUCCAUACAUUUAAUAAUAGAAGAAUAAUGUAACAAUAUUUUAUUGGCGUUUUUAUCAUUCUCAGGGCUCAAAAGUAUGAUAAUAACGUUCCAAUAGUUCCGUUUUUACAUUAAUAUUAAACAAUAUCACAAUAGACAUACACUAUUAAGGGAAGCACUUUUUCGAAAUUUAUUUCUUUUAACGAAUUUAGAAUGAAUUGGAGAGGGAAAACUAUAAAUUCAUGCCACGAAACAAAUGACAGACCAUAAUUUACCGAUAGGACCAGUCGAAACAAAACCGAAAGAAUUAACUCAGUGAGUAGAUUAUGGCCCGAUGUUUUCCCUGGUUGAUUGUACAUCACAUUUUUACUAUAUACGACCUAAUAACAUCACAAAUAAAAUCUUCAGUGUAUAACUUUAUUGCAUUUACAGUGUAACAUUAUCUAAUAGUCCUAUAAGUAUCAUUCACCCUCGAUAAAUAAGCUAUGUACAUUUUGAUUCUACUCUAUCUUACAUAGUCUUAACGUUAGUUGUUAGUCUUCCAUUUCUUUGAUAAAAAUACAAUAUUGGUCUCUCGUACUUAAAUAAAACUCUGGUAAAAAACGUGCAAAUAAAUGAGCUUUGACGAAACGAUAGUGGUCAUUUGAUAACGAUUCAGUCGUGAGUGGAGAACACCCUCAUUGUCCGUAUACCCGUUUAAAAUGGCCGCAGCUCGAGCAUGACCCUUCGCCCGAGUCCGUGCUCGUGCUCGCCGCUGCUGCUCUCACAGUCUAUCGGUGACACAGAACUGCGUGAUCGUUUCUCGUCGGAUCAGUCACACUUGAAUGUGACGUUUCUCGGACCUGACGCGACCGCCGUCGCCGCCACACUGGCCGCCAGCCGGGCGGCCACCGGAUGCUCCGUAUCCGAAGGUAAACGAUCACUUUGCCGCCAUCAUUGAAAGUGCCGGAUUCCGAAAUGUUUGUUCCUCCUGGCGUAGUUACGACCGCACAGGAUCUUCUUGAAGGCGUGCCGAAACUCGGGGCUGAAGAUGGUGUAGAUGAUAGGGUUCAGCAUCGAGUUGCAGUACCUUCACAGAAAAACACCAAAAUUUCAUAAAACAACGUAUUCCUGUAGUUGCGGUUUAUGAAUCCGACUUAAAUUUUUAAAGAAGAUUGAUCACCUACCCCAGCCAAAGGAAUAUCGAGAUGACGUACUUCUGGAACAACUUGGAGUUGAUCGGCAGCAGCACCGCCAUGAUGAAGAACGGCAGCCAACAUAGAACGAAAGCACCAGUUAUUAUAGCUAGAGUCUUCGCCGCUUUCCGCUCGCGCUUCGAGUCGGCACUAUCUCGCGAUUUUCUCUUCACCGG